AUGAGCGCAAUCUACCGGAUGGUCCAAGAGACCCAAGACUCGCUCUCCGACGAUGCUCUCCUACCCCUUAAGUCCUAUAAGUAUUCGAGUGUCGACAAAUCAUUUAUUUCGAACUACAUCUUGAAGCAUUAUUGGAAUGCAUUCGUCGAGGUUGUGCCAAUGUGGAUGGCCCCCAACAUGGUGACACUUCUCGGAUUCAUGUGGAUUGUCGCCAAUGUCUUCUUGAUUGAGAUUGCUGUCCCUGAUAUGGUGGGACCUGGUCCCGGUUGGAUUUACUUCAGCUUCGCUCUUGGCAUGUGGAUGUACUCUACUCUCGACAAUGUCGAUGGUAAACAGGCACGCCGCACUGGAACAUCCAGCGGACUCGGAGAAUUAUUUGAUCACGGUAUCGACUCUCUGAACUGCACCCUGGCCAGUUUGCUUUCGACCGCGGCAAUGGGCUUUGGCUCUACCCAGCUUGGUGCUUGGACUGCUAUUGUUCCUUGUCUAGCCAUGUAUUUCUCGACAUGGGAAACCUUCCACACCCACACCCUUUACCUCGGCUACUUCAACGGUCCGACUGAGGGCCUUCUGAUCGCUAUCAGCAUCAUGGUCGCUUCCGGAAUUUGGGGACCUGGCAUUUGGUCUCAACCUAUUACCGAUCUCAUUAAUUGGCCCCAGAUCUUUGGCACCAACUCCAUCAAGGACCUCUGGGUUCCUAUUCUGUUGGUCGGAUUCUUCCUGGGUCAUCUGCCCGGAUGUGUUCUCAAUGUGGCUGCCGCCCGCAAGAAGCAGGGUCUGCCUUUCACCCCACUGCUCAAGGAGUGGAUCCCCAUGGUCGUCUUCACUGGUUGCAACAUGGCUUGGCUUUUCUCUCCCUACUCGACCAUCUUGUCUGGUAACCACCUCGUUCUGUUCUGCUGGGUCCUCGCCUUUGUCUUUGGACGUAUGACCACCAUGAUCAUCUUGGCCCACCUUAUUAGACAACCCUUCCCAUGUUGGACUAUCCUGCUUGCCCCGCUGGUCGUUGGCUCCGUCCUUGUCAACCUGCCUUUCCUGGGCUUCCCGGCCAUUGCCCCCUGGUUGGAACUUCUGUACGUCUGGGCAUACCUCGGUUUCGCGUUUGUUAUCUACAUGCACUGGGCUGUGCUUGUUAUCAACCGCAUCACCGCUUUCUUGGGUAUCAACUGCCUUACCAUCCGCAAGGACCGCGGUGCUGCUCGCGAUAGAGCAUACCGCAAUCUUGCUGGUGAAGCCCCGCUCGUUGAUCCGCGGGCCUCGACAGAUACCUCCAAGACCCAUUAG